UUUCCCUGCUUGGGUUUCUGCAGUUCUGCUGCAUGUGUAAUCACAGCUAUGGCAACAAGAGUGGAAAUCAAUUCCACUUUGGCGUCGUUGACGACAGUGCCUGACUUGAAGGAAAUCCGGAGCGAGGAGAAAGCGCAGCGCGUGUAUGUCAGCGUGCUCUCAGAUGCCAGUAACAAGACAAAGGAGGCCUCAGCAUCACUGGCUCUUGAAGAGAGCAAGAAGUUUGGGAGUGCUUUGAGGUCUGCAACCAUGCCAUCACUAGGCUCCAGGCCAAGGCUCUUCCCAAAGCCUUUCUCUAAGGAGAAACCUUCAGAUGCUUUUGCGAACGUCAAACCUCCCGUCCCAGCGUUCAGAUCCAGUAGUCUGCUAAGAAAGGCCCCUGAAGAAACAUCCUCUGCCAAGGGAUUAAGUGGAAACAUUCCUCCAUUAGUAGAUCAGAGAGUGAUUGAAAGUGAGAAUAAGGCUGGUGGGGAAAUGGUCACCAAUGUGACUUUCUACACUGGUCCCACUGCGAACACUGUCAUUCUGUUUGAGGCAGCGGGCGCAGAGCAGUCCAAGGUGAGCCUGGCCCAAGGGAAAAGGGCGGCUGAGGACUGCAGGGUGUUUAGUUCUGUGCACACAAAGGAGCUUCAGUGCACCACGAGGCUGGAGAAACCAUCUGAGACCUCCAGGGAUGCCGAAGGGUCUCUUCACAGGCAGGUCUCGUUUUGCUCCAGCCUUAGGCCGGUCACUUGGAACUCCCUCAAAACCGGUGAAAAGAAAGAUGCUCACGAGGCUCAUCCAGGGGAGAAAAGCAAGGAGGAGGGGAACAGCAGCAGCAGCAGCAGCAAGGUUGAUUUCUCUGCUGAUGUGCAGCAAAGGCCAAAACACAGACCAGUUUCUGCUAUUUUUCUGGAAUCCUUACGAGAUCAGAAGCACCGCGCCGGGGAGGCUCCCGAGGAAAAACCUCCUGCAGAGAAAUCCUGGGCUAGAAAACCGAGACCUUUGUCCAUGGACCUCACAGCUAAGUUCGAACAGAAGGAUCCUCCUUCUUGCAAGAAGCCUUCUUCCCCUCAUGAGAGCAAGGAGAACGUCGCCGUCGUUGCUUUGAGUGACGUGGGUGGUCACGGUCAGUCUGAAACGGGGCCAAAGAGUGAGGAACCUGAAUUAGCUAAAAGCGGCUCUUGUAGAACCAGUUUGAGGUGCAGCAGCCAGGAUGUUGGCAUCCUAAAUCAUGGGAAGUACACAUGGGAAACGAAGCUUCCAUCCAAAAGUGAGCAAAGUGAGGCAAAGCCAGAAGUAACGACGAGCUUGCUGGGGUCUGAAAGGAGCCAGGAAACCACUGGUGAGAGCAGAGCUACGAAGGGGGGGAAAAGAGCAGAUCAAAAGGAAACCUUCUUGUUUCUGGGCUCUGAAAGCCCUGCAGCUCCCUCAGAGAGAGAGAGUAACGCCCCCAGAGGCAGUGUCAAAAAACACCUUGGUCUGUUUGCUACAGAAAAUCCCAGUGCCCCAGUGGAUGCAGAGCUUCUCCCAUCAGCUGCUGAGAAAGAAAACAGAUGUGUGACCAUCCAGCAGAGAAUCAGAGAGCUGACAACAGAAACCGCUGAGGUUAAGCCAGGAAAUCUGCGCAGGUCCCUUCAGUCCCGGCCACUUUCUGCAGACUUAACCAAAAUGUUUUCAAGUCCAACGACAAGCAGUGAAGCACAGCCUGAGAAAGCUGCUGAGACCAGGAACAGCUCCACCAGUGACAUGCAAGAAAAGCAAAAGGGUAAGGAGGUCAAGCUGGCACCUGGCACGGAUGCCACCGAAGCACACGCUGCCGGCAACCCGUGGAAAGCCCGGCAGGUUUUGAAGAUCACAAACAAAGCUGAUCCCAUAGAGAGGAGAGGAAGCUUCCUUGGGGAUGGGCAGCAUUUUCCUCAGCAAGGUGAAACCCCUGCCUCAUUCACAAGCAACCUGGAAAAAAGGUUAAAACCAAGCCCCCUUCAUGAAAAACCCUGCGUUAAAACUGUCCGAGCCACCAUGUUUGACCACAAUGUUCAGAGGCACAGCGUUGCUGCUGGUCAUCCUGGGACUGAUUCUGCACUGAAAAUGGGCAGUGAGCUGGAGGUGAAGCCUGAAGUGGUGACUUUGGGCCACAGCAGGCGGGCCUGGAUGGGGGAUGUGGAGGAAAGCACCAGUGUGAAGAAGGAGUAUCACAAGCAGUCUGGUUCAUUGAAACAUGCAGAUGUAGAAAGAAGUGGAAAGCCAGCUUGCUCAAGUGAAGACAAGAAAAUGACUUCUGCAAUUCUCUUGGAGAAACCUUUGGCUGAGAAAAGUGAGAAGCCCCCAACUAAAACUGCUGAGGACUCCAUUGUUUGCCAGAGAGUUGAGCCCAGAUACGAAAUCUUUCAGACGUGUGGUGAAAGAGCUCUGAGUGAAGCCAUUGCAAUGGCUCCUGAGAAAAAGGCCAUGACUCUCAGAACCAGAAAGUCAUCUGUGAGAGAGAGCAAACUGGAUGAGGAUAUCCUCCACGCUGGCCAGUCAGGUAGGGCAACUAGUAAAACCCUCUAUUUGAGGGAGGAAAACAUUAUUUCAGGAGCUGGAGACACAAAGGUGCUUACGAGCAAGUCUGUGUUGAGAGAACCUAGUGAUUUGUUCUCCAGUGAAUGCACUUUACCUGAGCAGAAGAAAGACUCUGAUAGGACUGAAGCUGGCCCCUUACCAAUAGCUGAGAGAACACCUUAUUCCACCAGCAGAAGUAAAUGUUUGGGAGUGAAUGAGAACGUGAGCAAACUGCCUUCUGAAAUGAAAAGUGAUCAGGGUGAUGUUUCUUCCAUGGAGAAACCAGAGAGGUCUAACAUGAUGAAAUGCUCUUCUGAGAAAAGGAGUUUUAGGCCAGGUGGGACAGAGAGCUCUGAGUUCAGAACCAGCCUGGACUGGGAAGUUCUCUCAACAAGUGUGAGCAAACACGUGGCCCAGUCCUCUGCAGUGCUUUCCAGUGGGCAGUUCUGUAAAUCUGCCAGUAGCCACCAUCCUGAGCCGAAAGUUCUGCUCACCAACAAAGAGGAAUCCAGGGCCUUUGGUUUAAGGAGAAGUCUGGAGUUAAAUCACAAAGAGCAGGACUUCAGCUUAGGUAGCACAGCCCAUGAAAAAAUCAGGGUAAUGGAUCCAGAAGAUAAACUCAGGAGAAGCAGAAGUAGUGUUUCUGACUUGAAGAUUUCUGAGAGGUGGAGGAGGAGGACCUUGCCUCAGGAUUCUGUCAAGACAGAAGAAGUUGUCUGGCUCGCUUCUGAAAACCUCAGGAGGCUGAGCCAGACAGAUUCACUGCAGCUGGAUGAAAGCUCACUGAAAAAGAGAAGCAAGAAAGGCAAAGAAGGGCUGGAAGGGCAUGAGGCAAACCAAGCCCUUCUUGCAAGUCCUGAUGAUGGCUUGAAAAACCAGAGCUCUGCCUUUGAGCCAAAGGCAACUUACUACGCCGUGACUUAUCAGCCCCCUGGUACCAAAAAGGAGAAAAGCCCUGGUGGUGCUCCAAGUACAAGUGAAAUGAACUCAGGCUCAAGCGAGGGAGCAGCAACUCACCUGGAGCUUGGUUUUGCAGGGAGGUCCAAAGCUUUAUUGCAGCACCCAGCUAAAAAUGGGACGAGUACAAACUGCAGGGAUGACUCCAGGGAAGGGCAUUUCAGCAAGGAUCGGGUUAAGGAAGAUGACAAAGGCGAUGUGCUCUCCAAGAACCUUGCACUGGGUAGUUUCCACGUGCCUAGGAAAGAUAACCAGCAGUAUCAUGAAAGAGGUCUGGAUCAUUCCAAAGAGAACAUUAUAGAUGUUGAUGCUUUCCUCUUGAAACAGGAUCGGGAAAGCACAACUCCAAGUGACCUGAAGAGUAGCAGAAGAAGAGUCUCCUCUUAUCAUGAGCCCAGGUCCCCUCCAUGUUUUGCACAGUCCCCUAAAGACACUGAGCUGGUCCCCCAGAAAAGGAGUGAAAAUGGUUGUGAUUUACCUGGGAAGAAGGCCGAGGAUGGGUACAGAUCCCAAAUUCUUGACAUCGACGCGCUUAUGGCAGAGUAUAAAGAGGAAUCGGCGAAGGCCAUCGGCGGUCAAGACAAGCUCCCUGCAGGGCACAGUUCACUGAGCUGGGAGAAAUCAAAGAACAAAAGAAAUGUGUCAGAUAGGACGAGUUCAUCCUACAGCUGGAAAGAGUGGAAGGGGUCAGAUCACUCUCCUGUUGCUAACAAGCCAGGGGAUUGUGCAGGAGACUCCCACAGGCCGGAGAGAGGAAUUGUGACUGAAAAGAGCAAGGAGAGGCUGGAAUCCUGUAGCCCAGACUUUGAGAAACAGAAGUGCAAAGACAGGAAGUUCAGCCCUCCUUACUGGGGGAAUCCCAGCAGCUGUUCUCCAGAGAAGCUUCUGAAUCCCCCUGUGGAGUUCACUCGGAAGAAGACUUUCAUCGUCGACGAGGAUGAAGAGGUGAACCUGACGUCCAGGACUCAAAGCUCGAAGUUUGUGAUUGAGAAGGUCCAGCCUGUCAAGCUGGUUGGCACAGACCAAAGGUGGGAAGUUAAUUUUGCUUCCAAGUUGUCCAUAAAGACAGAUGAUGGCCACUUCCAGAAGAGGCUGAUCGCUACAGAACAGGCUUUGGAGGUGUCUCCAGAAGGCGACCGGAGCAAAAGCGCGUCGAGGAGCUCUGUAGCGAGGAGCAAAGACGACGUGAAGAAGACAGCCUGUGAGAGUGACUCUUCCAAUGUGAAGGGUAAAACUGACUGGAGGAGCUACACAGCUGCUUUGGGAGGUGCCCCCACGGAUCUGAGGCGUUCCUACUCGGAGAAGAUCCGGCAAGGAAAAGACAGCCUGCCGCUCGGGCAGGAGGUGAGGGGAAGGAAGGAGCUGCACCGCUGCAGGCAGAGCCUCCCGCUGGAGAGCGUGGACAGCGGCUGGAAGCACAAGGUGUCCCCUCCCUCAGAGAUCUUCUUCCAGGAGGACAAAAAGGCUCCUAGGAAAGAGUGGACCAAGCAGAGUUCAGACAGACCAGAAGGAACAGACUUCUCCUUGGCCUCUACUCCGAGGAGCCGCCACAGUUUCUACAAGGAGAGGAAGGUGGACAAUGGGACGGACCAGCUGAAGCAGUGCUUCAGCAGGCAGCCCCCGGGAGCGAAGGACACGGACACGCUGGUGCAGGAGCCCGACAGCCAGUACGGCACCUGGAGCGAGCAGCGGCACAGCGGCGACAGCUUUGCGGCCGAGUCUCCCUCCUCAGAGAACGAUGGCAUUUCCAGCAGGAAGCUGCCCCCAGGUAGCCACCCGUCCUCCCUGUCCUCUCAGACAGAGCCUGCCUCCCUGGCUGACCACCAUGACUUCUCCAAAGACCAAAGGAGCACAAGCCUGGACCGUUCCAGCACGGACAUGGACUCUACUGAUGGGACUGAUUUGCCUCCCGCAGGAGACGCUUGCCCGGACGAGAAGACCACGGAUUUCUCUUUCAUCGAUCAAACCGCUGUCCUGGACUCCAGCGCGCUGAAGACUCGCGUCCAGCUCAGCAAGAAGAGACGCCGCCGGGUUCCCGUCUCCCACUCCCUCAGAAGAAGCAGGGGGCUGGAGUUUGAGAACAGGUUUUCUUUGACAGAGGAGCCAGAUAAUGCCUGGAUGUUUAAAGAUUCCACAGAAGAGAAGAAAACUAUGCAACAGGAGGAUUCUGAGGAAGAAGAGAGGAUCCACCGGAGCGGAAGAUCCUCAUCCGUACACGCCCAGAGGCUCCCCGUGUUUCCCGGGAUGGACCACUCUGUCCUCAAGGCCCAGCUGAGGAGAAGACAUGAGGCUGAGAGUCCUGGUGAAAUAAGUUCUGCUCAGCUCUUCAAGUCCCCAAAAUCCCAGCUUGGAACUCCUGGCAGCAGAGUGCUGCCCUCCAGUGUGGAGAAGGAGGAGAGGUCAGAAGAAAAGUCUCCUCAGUGGCUGAAGGAGCUGAAAUCAAAGAAGAGACAGAGCCAUUAUGAGAAUCAGGUUUGAAAAGAUGCUGACGCUAACUAGAAGAAGAUACAGAAGUCUAACAGAAGCCUUAACUCAUCUGAACCUAAAACUUCACGUCAUGUUGCUGCUGUUUGCUUCCUGCCUCAACUGCUAUGUGCAUGGUGCCUUCCUGUUUCGUGGAGAAAGCUGCUUAACGUUCAUGGUCAAAUACAAAGCUGGGUCGGUGUCGGAUGCGGGAGGAGGAGAGGAGAAGAGGACUGGGGGAGGAGGAGAG